UUUUAUUAUUUAAAACCGCCAAAGUAGAUAACUUGGCGAAGGAAAUAAAAAAAGACACAAGAUACCUAGGGAUUAAUAAAUACAGAUGGCUGAGCGUGGACAUUUGCCAACAUGAAUGGAACUUUGGGAAUAGUACGCAGAACUGAUAUCACUGAAAUAGAAUAGAUAUUUUCAUCAUUUCCAAACUCACGAAAUAUGACAAGAAUUUUACAUUCAUCUUGAAUAGACUUAUGCUAUUGUAAAAAAAAGCGGACAUCCAUUCCACAUAAACAUUACACAAACCUAUGUGCCAACAUCAGAAAAAAAGUAUGAUGAAAAAGUCGAAAAACUUUAUACAUCCAUUGAGAGGACUGUUCGAAGAAUGAUAUAACUUUCAUCAUAGGAAACUUCAAUAGUUAAAAUUGGAUAAGAAAAAUGGAUGAAUAUUAUGAGAGACUAUGGAUUAAGGGAAUGCAACGAUAAAGACGACAAGCUCUAUCAAUUCUAUGAAGAGAUGGGAAUAAAGAUAGCUAACAUCUACUUCAAAUGUAUUGUAAUUAUCUAAAUGAUGAUACACAUAGAAAUUACCUCUUGAUUUCACCUCCGAAAAGGACAGUUUAGAUUAGGAAAUAAAUCGAAUACAUCCUAAUAAAUAAACAAUUCAAAAAUUGCGUCGAAAGAGUAACAAACUACUCGGACUUAGAUAUUGAAUCAAAUUAUAAUUGUUAAAUAUGUAAGAGCGCUAUAUAUCGAAAUUAUUUGAAGAUUGUAGAUCGGAAUCGUAUGAAAUUAACAAUCACGAGGAUCCCAAAAUUUUAAAUUGUAGUUCCCCUGUGCUAUUUUCAGUAAAAUGAAUUUCUUCAUUAAUCCUUCUCCGAUAAUGAUAUAAAUCUUGAAUUCUGUUAUAAAAUGGCAAAAUGUCAUAUUUGCUCCAUCUUGUUAUAUGGCGUAGAAGUGUGGACUCUUAAAAUAUGAAAAACGAAUCAUUUACACAAUACAUGCCUUUGAAAUGUAAAUACUCAGGAGAAUAUUUUGAAUAUAUUGGGUUGAAAGAAUAAUUUAAUGUUUUUAUUAGUUCUUCUUUAGAACUCAUAAAAAUCGGGAAUUAAGCGAAGGAAAAUAGUUUAUUUCAUGUAUAUACUGAAAGAGAAAAAAUACGAACUUCUACAACUAAUAAUCAAAGAAAAGAUUAAUGAUCGACGUGAUAUAGACAGAAAGCAAUUAUCCUGCCUCAGAAAUAUCCACGAGUGAACAGAAUACGAGAGGUUGAGUAUCUCUUCAGAAUAAUAGAAGAUAAAAUUGCAUUCGUGUCAAUAAUCAUCGAUGUCAGUUGUACGAGUAUUUAUAUUUGUUUAAACGUUAACUAAAUAUUAAAUAUGAGCAUAAAUACAAAAGAAUGUUUAAUUAAAAAUGAAAUUUAAAUGGCAUAAAUUAUAGAUGGGCAACUAAUAGAUUAUGGUCCACAUGUAACCUUUGCUUCUGUUUACUUAUUCAGUAAAGUAAAAGAAAACAAAUCUUCACUAUUUAAUACUGCCGUGCGUAGUGAAUUGCGCAAGUUUUAUUAUCAAAAGUAAUGGAAUGAUGAUUGUUGAACUUAAGUAGUGGGGAGAUCGAAUUGAUUGAUGAUGAGGCCAUGUGAUUCGCAACAAAAAAGUUGCUCACCUAUGAUUAAAUAUUAAAAGUAUAUCGCGAAUGGAUAAUGUCUUUAGAAAUUCAAACUAAGUAUACUAUUAAAUAAUUUUCAUAUUAUAAAACUUUAUUUUAUCUUGAAUAACAAUCAUUUUUGUUCUCUUUGUUUAUGAAUUUUAAUUUACAUAUGGUUAAUCCAUUUAAUAAUUGGGAUCAGAAAAAAGAAAAACGUGUUUUGUAACAUCAACUCUUCCUAAACAUUUUCUAAUACUAUUUAUAUUACCGGUGACUUAUGCGACGUCUGUCGGCUACGAUACGAAGUGCGACAGUAAUUUAAGGACGUCGUUAUGGAAGUAACAAAAUAUUCUUAUACAUCUUUUGAUAUCUGACAUAUAUGGUUUAUAAAUAAUACAGUAAUACAUUAUCUUUACUAUAUAUGCAUUCUUAAUUAUAUAAUAAAUAUUCUAUCAUAAAUAAUAUUAACGUAAUGGUUACUUAACAUAAGAUUUAAUGUAUAAUAAGUUGCAGUUACAUCGUAGGUUAAGUAUUUGUAUUAGGUUAAGUAUUAGGUUAUAUCACAAAACUCGACUCACUUGAUACAGUAUUAUCAGAUGAAGUUUUCUAUAAGUGACAGGAGAAGGCGCUUCAAUCAACUUAAACUAGUUAGAAUGAAACUCGUUUCUUCUUGUCGUGAUAUAAAUGAUAAUAUAAAAAUUUUUAUACAAAUGUAAUUUCUUUGUCUUUUCAUGAAGUGUUUUAUUGACAUAAAAAAAUAAAUAAAAGAAAGAAUUUUUUUAAUGGGAUAAAACUGUCAACACAUUGGGAAUAAUGGCGAUGUUUGAAGCAUUGAGAAAAGACUAUAGCGAUUAUUUACAACAAUGUUUCAAGAUAGCCGAUGUGAUUACAUUCCAAAAGAAAUGUAUCGAACAAUGUGCCAAUGAAAGUGAUCGGAAAGCUGCUGUAGAUCAAGCUCUUCGUGAUACAUUACUUACAAUAUUGAUAGAAGAUACACCUGAAAAUGUAGGAUCUCUUGAAUCUUACAUCACAUUUUGUAUCGAAUUAUGUAGAAAAGAUUUAGCAACUGUUACUAUGCCGGUCAUGUUGCUUGGAGAUAUAUUUGAUUCUAUGACAUUGGAUAAGUGUGAAAAACUCUUCACAUUCGUUGAAAAUAAUGUGGUUGUCUGGAAAGAGGAUCUCUUUUUUAGUCUUUGUAAAAAUAAUUUAUUACGAAUGUGCAAUGAUUUACUUAGACGUUUGUCUCGUUCUCAACAAACCGUAUUCUGUGGUAGAAUUCUAUUAUUUCUUGCAAAGUUCUUUCCAUUCUCUGAAAGAUCUGGACUUAACAUUGUUAGUGAAUUUAACUUAGAAAAUCUAACAGAAUUUGGCACUGAGAAAGCAGAAGAUGUUCUGGAACAAAUAACAAAAGAUGAAGAUAAGACUGAGAAUAAAAUACCUAUAGAUUAUAAUUUGUACAGAAAGUUUUGGGCUUUACAAGAUUUUUUCAGAAAUCCUAAUCAGUGCUAUAACAAAAUGUAUUGGAAAGUUUUCUCAGCGCAUGCAUCUAAUGUUUUGUCAGCAUUUUCUUCUUUUAAAUUGGAAGAGCAACGUAGUUAUCCAACUACAUGUAUAAGACUAGAUUCUACGAUGGAAGGUUCUCAUAAAGAAACGCAUUAUUUUGCAAAAUACCUUACUAAUCAGAAAUUGCUGGAAUUACAACUUUCUGAUUCAAAUUUUAGAAGAUACGUACUGUUGCAGUUUUUGAUACUUUUCCAGUAUUUGAAUAGCACCGUAAAAUUUAAAGCCGAGACGCACGAAUUGAAGCCAGAUCAAGUGGAAUGGGUUAAAGCUACAGCGGAACAAGUUUAUACCUUGUUGACAGAAACACCACCUGAUGGUCCAUCGUUUACCGAAACUGUGAAGAAUAUUUUAAAACGAGAAGAGCAUUGGAAUGCAUGGAAAAAUGAGGGUUGUCCACCUUUUAAAAGACCUGCGUCUGAAAGUACUACAGAAGCUGAUGAUGAUGCUAAGAAAGUUAAAAGAUCAAAACGAAGAAUUGGCGACGUUAUUAGAGAUGCUCAAGCUGUUGGGAAAUAUCACGUAGGAAAUCCAGAGCUUACUAAAUUAUGGAAUCUUUGUCCAAAUAAUUUGGAGGCAUGCAAGUCGAAAGAUAGAGAUUUUCUACCAUCAUUAGAGACAUAUUUUGAAGAAGCUAUAAUGCAAUUAGAUCCAAGCGCAAUGGUGGAAGAAGAAUAUAAAAAAGUAAAUGAUGGUAAUUUUGGAUGGAGAGCAUUGAGAUUAUUAGCUAGAAGAAGCCCACACUUUUUCGUUCAUGGAAAUAAUCCAAUAAAUAGACUUCCAGAGUAUCUGGAAACUAUGAUAAAAAAGAUUGCUAAAGAUCGACCACAAGCACAAUCCGAUGUAAAAGUUGAAGCAGAAGAUACUCCGCCACCAGAUUCGAACGAUCAGGAAUAUAGCGAAGAUGUUUUAAAGCAAGAAAGUGAACAAACGGAUAAUGAAAAUGUAGAAACAAAAGGAAGAGAAAGUAAAUUGAAUAAAGUUACACCCGAAAUGGUAGCAAAAUUAUCAGAAGUGCUCAAGGGGGAUUGGAAAAAAUUAGCAGCUAAGUUAGGUUAUACUAAUGACGAGAUUGUAUUUUUCCAAGGAAAACCAACUCCGUACGAACAGUGUAAAAGUAUGUUAGAAAUUUGGGCAGAAGAGGAUGAGGAUGCAUCUGUAGAAAAUUUGGCAUAUAUUCUUGAAGGACUAAAGUGUACAGAAGCAGUGGGUAUUUUAAAGACUUAAAAAGCAAUUUUUCAAUUUUCUAUAAAUGUGAAUAAAUCGUUAGUCGAAUAUAACAUUGUGAUGUAUAUAAUUACGAGUUAUUUAAUAAAUAAAUCAAUAAUUUUUAUCGUCUA